UCCCCUAAUUGCAGAAAAGGAUAUUUCUCCAAGCAUCAUGGUUCAGCCAAAAUCCAUGCAGAGCGAGCCCAUGCCUUUAGAUAUGGAGAACCGUGACCCCAAUAACAUGAAUGAGCAUGUCAGGGUCCUCUUCGAAGAUACCUUUGGAGAGCCUGAGGGAACCCACAGUAUUGACGGGGUAUGGGGUAUGUCCUUCAAGACAUUCAACGGGGUGAAGAACUGCUGUUACAUGGUGCUGUCCAUUCUAUGCGGCUGCCCACUGGCCUUCUGCUGGGCCCUGGACUUCGCUUGCAUUCAGUGUUGUCACAUCUGGAUGAUUGGACCUUGUGUGCACAUCUGGAAGAUGAAUUUGUCCUGUCUGAAGAUGUUUUGGAGCUCAUGCGUGCAUUGUCUCUGCGACCCAUGCUACGAAGCAUGCGGCCUGUGUCUCAGCCUCAUCCGUGUACAAAACAAAAACGGAUAAUGUACUGGUCCUCACCUCAUCAGCUCCUAAUCCUGACACUACUGAGGUCCAAUGUUACUCACGUUGACAUUGCAAUGGUUCCUAAGUCCGUAGUAUUCUUUCACCACAAGGACAACCCAACCAUGAGUAACUAUCAGACUGUUAUAUAAGCUAUAAUUUAAACAUUACAACAUUGUGAUACCAGUUAUUUAAAAUAAAAGAUUUGUGCCUCAAAA